AAACUGCACAGGUUGGCAUGAAAGAUUCCGCUGAUUGGUUUGAGAUUAUUUGUCACCUGCUUCUAACUUGGCGGAGUAUAUAUGGUAUUUUCUAUUGUUUAAGAUUAAUUCCAUGUUUUAACUUUCAUUUGUUUAUUUUGAGUCAGGAGAAAAAAUUUAGUCAAAGAAUAAAAUAGAGCGCUUCAUCAAACUGUAAUCGCAACUGGCUGUGUGUCUUGAACUUCGUGUAUGUAUUCCAACCGAUAUAGUCAGUCGUUUCUGAAAUGUACUUGACUUAGUAAUUGCCUGGUGAAUGCGGCAGUCUUAAUUUACUACUGUUUUUUUUUAGAAUAUAAUGCCUUUAAAAAAAUUAUUUAAAAAAAGGCACAGUUUAGAAACUUCUUUAGUUCUAGAAACAAAUAAGGAACUAGAAAAACUGAAAUCGUCUUUAGACGCUUCUCGAAGAAUCGAAACAAUAAAAUCUCAAUCAGAAAGCAACUUAAUGGAUUCCAAUCUUGAUACAGAUGUUUCAGACCUUCAUACUGAAUCAGUGUUAUUUUCUUCUUCAGCAGCAGAAGAUAUUUCUAACAAGUAUGAGUACAUAGAACAGGAAGGUGAGGAGAGUUUAGUUUAUGAAAAAGAUUCUUACUCUGAUAUAAGAAGGCAAAGUGCACCUGUAGAAUCUCUCGAAAGAACUAAAGUGAAGACAGUAAAAUCAGCAUCAUGCAAUGAAUCUACAUCGCAGCAAUCUACAUCGGAAAUUCCGACGACUAGACGCAGAAAAUGUGUUAGCGAAAGCCAGGCCGAUGAUAUAGAUUCGAAAAAUAAAAAUGGCGGCCGGACAUUUCAGUUAGAUGAAGGUAAAUUAGAAGAUAUGAUUGGACGGUGCAUCAAUCGAAUAAUUAAAGAAUCAAUACUAACUGCGGUGAAAAAUGUAAAUGUGGAUGGUAUCCGUGAAGAAAUCAUUGAGAACAUUUCUAAUCAAAGACAUGGUUCCUCAGAUGAUGGUACAAGUAAUGAGGAAAAAUACUUUAAUGAUUUAGAUAAAUAUGUUGAACUUGAUGAGUCUAAUUUAAAUUACAGAAGUGAAGAAAACGAAGAAUUAGAUAAUUCAGCCUAUGAGGAGGAAACUGCAAUUGUUGCUAACUCUGAGGACAAAAGGACUGAAACUCACAGCUUGGGAGGAUAUUCAACUGAUCUCGAGGAAUCUAUAAGCUUGCAUUCAACAGAUAUUGAUAUAAAAGAUCAGGCAUCUGCUAGUAAAAGUUUUUCAGAAAAAGCAAAUAAACAUGAAACAAUUCCCCCAAACUCUGUUACAUCUAAUAAAGAAGCAGUGAACGAUAGCGAAAAAUCAGCAUUUUUUACUUCAGAACCUGCAGCAGCAGUUGAUCUUGAAUCGGAAGCAACUAACGUGGCACAUGAAACAAAAAUUGUAGAACAUUUUCUUAAAAAUGAUCCAAUCAACUCAAGUGUCAAAACUUCAGAACAAGACGAUGAAAAUGUAAAUACUAACAGUGAAAACGAACACAAAAUCCAAAGUUCAGCAGAUAAAAUUGAAAUAGCAAAAGAACUAAAUUCCGAAAAUGACAAUAGUGAGAAAAUUAAUAAUUUUUUAAAUGAUGAAUCAAAUCUCAUGAUAGUAGAUGAUGCGGAUUCCUUUCCUUUACCAAAAAUAGCAUUAGCUCAUCGGGAUUCAAAUGAUUCUGUUUUAGAUUCUGUAGAAAGCUUACCUCCUCCGGAAACAAUUAUUGGCGAAGAGAAAAAAACAAACAAUUGGAAGGUUGGAUACUUACGAGUAAAACUCCCUCAUAAAGAAAGAGGGAAAAAAGCACAACUAAAGGCUUGGAAGAAGCGUUGUGUUUCCAUCCAGACAGAUGAAUUUGUGAAUGACCCUAAGAAUCCUUGUCUGAUGCUGAGUCUGUAUAGUGCAGAGAGUGGAACAGCAAGAAAACACGGGGCUACCUUCUGGAAGUCCAUAUCCUGCCACAAGGCUGCUGUGUAUCGAAGUACCUCCCGUUCACACAAAUACGCUUUCACUCUUUCCGACGAUAACAAAGUCAUCAUUCAUUUAGCUGCAGAUAGUGAGACAAGCAGUCAAGAGUGGAUGGCAGCCAUCAGAUCAAUCCUGUGGCCACCCAGUCCUGUUCUGCAACUGGAAAAAAUGCUGUAUGGAAAACAGUUUGAAAUCUCAAUAGUUGACAACGAAUUUUCAUUUCGAGCUGGAUUGUUAGGAAUGUACGGCUAUUUGACAAUCACGGGGAAAAAACUAAUUCUUGUCCAUUCACAACAAGGAUAUGUUAUCCAGGAAUGGUACUUGAACACGGUGGAUAAAUUUGAAUUGAUAUCUCAGCCCAAAAUAGAAGACGCUCACAAAGUACUGUGUAUGACAACUUGUAGUGAUAGUUCUACAGGUAAAGGUGAAAUAUUGAUGUACUGUCCAGAGGCAGUUGCCAUGCUUCAGUCCAUUGCGUCAACAAUUCAUCAGAUUUUGACUGUGCACAUCGAACAAAAAGGUGGUAAAUAUGAUAAGGAGUUAGCAGAAAUAGCAGGCUGGUUAAUUCCAGCCACUUCACAAGAUGGAGAAGGUCCUGAAGAUUAUUACAAAGUUCCACCAAGACAGGUCAAAAGCCUCUUAGACAUACCUAAUUUCAUCUUUAACCAACCUUUAAUUCCUUCAACAACAGUUUCUUACUGCUCAGAUGAGAGCAUAGAAUCGAAAUCCUUCGAAACUGCAAAAACCAAUGUUACAAGAGCAUCACAGGAUUCAGGAAUAUCAUCCGGAAAUACUUCUGAAGAUGUACUUAACUGCAGUUCAGCUUCCUUUUUAGUGGGUGGAGGACAAUUCCCAGGAAAAUCAUCGGACAGCGAAUUAUCAGAUUCGUAUACACCCCCACGUUCGCCAAUUUCGGGAAAGAGAAGAGCUCUGCAACAUUGAGGUCCCAUGAUUAAUAACAAUAACAUUGCCAUUAGGCAUCGACUGCCGUUAUUUUUGGAAAACAGACUAUGUAAAGAAAAUUAGUUGUACAUAUAUUAUAAAGUUUUAAUGUUCAUAUAAUGCACGCACUCAUUCACAAUGUUCUUUUAGAAUUGGCUUAUGAUUGCCAAAAUUAAGCCUAGAAGUUUGUGUUAAAGCUGAAAAUGUGUUAUUAUGAGCAUUGAAGAAAUUAAAUAUUUAUGUGUAAACACGGAAUGUUCCAUUGCACUUUGCAAAUAAAACGCAAUCAAAAAGUUUUCGUUUCGAGCACCAUUGCAGUGUAUGUGCAAAUGAGCAUGUCGUCGUAGAAGGUGUGAGAGCAUCAAUUUCUAGGCAUGGAAUUGUGGCAUUGAAAUAUCCGGGGAAAAUGCUGAAGCGUUAGCGAUAAUCGUGUAUUAACUAAAUGAGUCCAAACAGGAUCAUCGUGUUUUUUUUUCUUUCAUUCUUUCUUUAUUGCCAGUUGAAAAUUGGUUAAUAAUCAUCAAGCAAUGAAUAAUAUCUCCUCCAAUGGGAUACAGAAUUGCGAAUUGACAAAGAGAUUACGACGUGCAGUUAAAGUAAAGCGUCAGAGAAAACUGCAAAAUAAGAUGAUUCUUCAUAAUGCACGUCCCAAUAUCGCAUAAGCUGAAACACUGAAGUCGCACAUACUAAUGCAGGAGAUACGCCGUCACCCACCCUACAUUCCUGAUCUCUCUUCACGAGAUUACCACCUCAGCAGACUCUUAAGAAAUGUCUUGAAAAAGAAAUAUUGCAGGCAGUUUAAAACUUCUUCAAGCAGCACAAAAGGAAGUUCCAUGACACGUGUCUAUACAUGCAGCUAAAGAGGUGGAAUGAUUGCUGAAAUGCUUAGGAUUAUUUUGCAUGGCUGGCUCAACUAAUAUGAACUGCUCACAGAUUGAAUCGAGACUUUUGAAACAUUUUGAUUACUCCUUAUAUGUUUGUUAAAAUAGUGUCUUAUAUAUGCUAUCUUGGGAGAGACUCAGAACAUUUUUAUUUUUAACUUAGUGCUCCUAUUUUAUACCUAUGAUUUAUAAGAGUUUUGUAAUUAUUCAUUGAUGUUGUUAAGAUUUAUAAAAACAACUACUUAUA